AUGAAGUUCUACAUGAGAAAGGACAGCUGUGUUGGUAGCAGUGGGGAGAGAGCUGGGAGGAUCAAAGAGAGAAUGAUAUUUAAUUAUAAGACUAUAGCCCAUGCCAGCCCUGCCCCAGCUGAAGGCACCUGUGAGGUGGAAAGCAGCUGGGAGCCCACACCUCUCAGAGGCCACCUGCCAACUACUGCUGCCACCAGGACCAAGAGAAAGGCAAAAGGAGAUCCUAAAGGUGACAAGGUGAAGGUGAAGGAUGAGCCACAGAGUAGAUCGGCACAGUUGUCUGCUAACCCUGCUCCUCCAAAACCAGAACCCAGGCGUAAAAAGUCUGCUGUAAAGAAAGGAGAGAAGUUGCCCAAAGGGAGAAAGGGGAAAGCAGAUGGUGGCAAGGAUGGGAGCAAUGCUGCAAAGAACCUAGAUGCUUCCACAGUCCAGUCACAGAAAGCAGAACACACUGGGAAUACCAAGUGAAGUGUACGUUUUUGAUAGCUCUGUGCUUCUAGUGCUCUGUGCUACUGUUUCAAAUACUAUUUUUCUUCAGUCAGGUUUUAUGAAAACGUAGAAUUUGGUUUUUUCUUUCAAACUGAUGUUGGUAGCAUACAAGACACAUUGUUGUUGUCUUUUGUGAAAAGUGUAAAUACCAUUAAUACAAUGUCUCAGAAGCCAGAUUGAAAUGGGCGAUCUUCUAUCCUUGCUUUUUUUUUUUUUUUUAAGAUUAUUCUUGGUUCCCAGGGGGAGAUUUUCUGACAUUCACACAUGUCUUUGGCUUAGAAGCCUUACAACAUAGGGAAGCAAAACUUCAUGUCUUCUUUCCUGAUGCCAUCAGCACAUAUGCUUGACUUCCUGAAGUAGUUAUGAUAUGGCUUUGGAAUCCCUAAAAUCCUGUGUCAGGUACUCAGGCUUUUGGGUGAUAACAUCAAGAUGGUGUUGCCCAAAAGACCCAAGAUUCCUGUUUGUAGUUUGCAGAUCAUCCCAUUGAUAAUCUUGGAGUUUUUAGUACGUUUCCUUCAUGUCAGAGUUGACCUGUGAAAAGAUCUUAUUACAUGCCUCAUGGGAAAUAUCCACCACUUCUGAGAACUGUGCCUGUUCAAAACAGCAACAGAAGACUGUUGACUUUUGGGGGAGCAGAGUUUGAAAGGUGUCAGAUGUUAUGGCUUGUCAACCAUGUCCUUCUGGAAGUAACAGGUUUUGAAAAGUAUCUUAUAAAGCUGAAUAUAAAUUAGGUUGGUGGUAGGGAGUUCAUUUCCUACCCAAAGUCAUUGAGAUAUUCUUUACUGAAUUGUAAACAUUUUAUAGUUUUGCUUUUCACAUUUGUCUUUAGUCUUCCCUGAUGUUUGUGAAAAAUAUGAGAUAGAAGUUUAAUAUAAUACUUUCCCCAUAUGGAUAAGUGGUGGUUAUCCCAGCACCAUUUGCUGGGUAGUUAAUUAUUUCCCC